UCUUUCAGAGCACUUCCUGUGGCACCCGAUAAGGCGUCAGUCGUGACACUCAAUAAGACGUCAGCGACGGUCCACUUGGACUCCUGGCAUCACGGGGGCUGUCCUAUCAAUAAAUUCAAGAUCCGGUACCGGGUGUUAGGCAACCCCAACGCCGAUUGGAUUGAUGUCAACCACAAUCUCAAUGAGAAGCAAAUAGAUCUGAAUCGUCUGAAUAUCAACAGUCGAUAUCAAUUGCAGAUUACCGCCAACAAUGAGGUCGGCUUCACAGAGGCCGAAUACACGUUCUCCACACAUCCCGAUCACCACGAGCUGAACCCGCGGACGGCGUCGGGUCACACGAUAAGAGGCGUCCCAAACAAGGCGUCCAACAAU